AUGGCUAGUCUUGUUUUGAACGAGACCGGGAUGGAGGAUUGCGGGAUUGACGACUCCUUCAAGUACAACCUCUAUUCCGUGGUCUACAGCGUGGUUUUCGUCCUGGGUCUCGUCACCAAUUGCGCGGCGCUGUUUGUUUUCUGCUUCCGGAUGAAAAUGCAGAACGAAACCACGAUGUUUAUGACUAAUUUGGCGCUGUCCGAUUUGGUUUUUGUCUUCACCUUGCCGUUUAAGGUGUUCUACAACGUCAACCGUCACUGGCCGUUCGGAGAUGGACUCUGCAAAGUCUCCGGCACGGCUUUUAUCACCAAUAUCUACGGGAGCAUGCUGUUUCUCACUUGUAUCAGCGUGGACCGGUUUUUGGCGAUCGUGUACCCGUUCCGGUCCAGGUCUAUCCGCACUCGGCGAAACGCAGCCCUGGUGUGUGCCGCGGUCUGGCUCACCAUCGUGGGAGGAGGGAUUUCAGUCACGUUUUUCUCCACCAUCAACAAUAAGCACAGAGCCACCACCUGCUUCGAGGGCUUCUCCAAGAGCACCUGGAAGACAUACUUAUCCAAAAUCACCAUCUUCAUAGAGAUAGUGGGUUUCCUGUGUCCGCUCCUUGCAAACCUGGUCUGCUCCUCGCUGGUCCUCCGAACUCUCCGUCGCCCUGUAACCGUGGGCCACAGUAACAACAAGCAGCGUGUCUUACGGAUGAUCGUGGUGCAUUUGAGCAUCUUCAUCAUCUGCUUUGUGCCUUACAACUCCAUCCUCUUCCUCUACGCCCUGGUGAGGACCCAGGCUCUGGCCAACUGUUCUGUGGAGCGUUUUGCACGGACUCUCUAUCCCAUCACUCUCUGCUUGGCCAGUCUCAACUGUUGCCUGGACCCCGUGGUCUACUAUUUUACAUCAGAAAGUUUUCAGAAAAGUCUAACGAUGGGAGCUAAAGGAUCAGGCUCAAGAGCGGAAAGCAUCCCACGAAGCGAUACAGAGAAUCAAGAUCAACAGGCGACCAACACUCUUCAAAAGGACACGCAUAGCAACGGGAAGGAAGCGAAAGAAACCGAGAGCAAGUUAUGA